AUGUCGAACUUUGACCCCAAUGCCAUCCUUCGUGGCGCGCAGCUCACCGUCGUUGGUGCAUUGCAGAACCCGAAACUCUUUACCUCUGAACACUACAGACAGGCUGCUCUGGCUGUAGCAGCCGGUAUCGCCAUUCGUGUCCUCGUCGCCAUCCCUAGCUCGGGAUGGGACGAAGAAAUCAUGGAUGGUGUCGAGUUCCUGGAGCACUCAGUGCUGCAGCUGCCCUUCUUCCUCAUGAGUUUCAUGAGAUACAUCAGUCCUUCGCUCGACAACAUAUGGGUCGAUGAGACAUAUGUACAAAAGCACAAGGGCGAAGACCCCAACUCGCUCCGCGCCAUGUACUAUCCGAACAUGCGCCAAUACAAACACCACGGCCCUGCCCCUGCUGCUGGAAAAGAGCCCUCGCAAAACGCUCCCAAGCAAGCAGCUAUCAAGUUCUUAGUGCGAUACGGUCGCAAGGCUGGAAUCUCCUUGGCCGUGUACCUGCUCUCGUUGCUGCCAUACGUUGGUCGCUUCGUCCUUCCUGCUGCCUCUUUCUACACAUUCAACAAGCAGGUUGGUCUGCAACCUGCCAUCCUUAUCUUUGGCAGCUCCAUCUUCUUGCCUAAGCGAUAUCUGGUUCAGUUCCUCCAGAGCUACUUUGCUUCUAGGAGUCUGAUGAGAGAAUUGCCCUACUUCUCACGUAUCAGAUUUACACCUCAGCAGAAGAAGAUCUGGUUCCACGACCGCGAGGGUGUCCUUUUCGGCUUCGGCGUUGGUUUCUUUGUUUUCCUUAAGAUUCCUCUUCUUGGUGUGCUCAUCUAUGGCAUCGCUGAAGCAUCGACCGCCUUCCUGAUCACAAAGGUCACCGACCCACCACCGCAACCCGAAGAGUGGACUAACUUUGCCGAAACACAAGCUCACUGGCGCAACAAGCAUGAGUUCCUGAAGCUUCCUCUGGACAAGCUGGAUGCUCUGAACAUCACAUCGACGAAGGAGGGUGAGAAACCAGACACGACGACCAUCAAGGGCCGCCAGUUUACCUGA